UCACCCUGGGCUUCCAAUCCCUCUGUGCUGCACGACAAUUCGACAGUAUAUUCGCCGCUCGAGAGACGGAACCAGGGGGACACGUUGUAGACCUCCAAAACUAUUUUACGGUGAUGCGUUAGCGACAGUAGGGUAGAUGAGAGCUGGGAUCACUCAAACCAGGAGAACGCGAAAUUAAACCGCAGUUAAUGUCAUGUUUGGAAGUUUGACAGAUCUCGUAAAACAGAGUAUAUUCUUUGAAUGUUAUUGUAAUUCUGGGGUUGACAUACAGUAGGAGUGGGAGUUUCUGUAAUCGCAUGUCCCCCUUAUCCAAUGGACACGCAUUGGAGACCCCUGGUACACCAAGUAGACCUAUGAAAUUACUUCUGUAAUGUGGAUUGCAAUUUUAUUUGAAAAAAAUAAAGGUCUACUUCAGAACAAUGUGAGAAGAUACGCGUCCUGGAUUUUCAUGUUUCUGGAUAUCUUGAAAAUUAUUGGCAACAGCUGAAAGUCGCUAUGCUCAAGGGAUUUCUGCUCAGGUGUCUUGCCUGCUCCGACAGUGGGACCAAAAUGGAUUUGACGCCACUGCAACCCCCCGUCCCCCAUUAACAGAAGUUCUAACAGUUCUUACACGUUGUUAUUAAACUACGGUUUUAAAUUUGACAAAUGCUUUGGAAGAAAUCGCAAGACGACCCGCAUGGAUUUUAAAUCGACAUUUGCAUUUGGAAUUUCAAUCAUGAACUUUGUUGACAGUUUAAUAACCUUAUUUCUCCUGACGCUUCUGUAUUUGUCAGCUGUCAAGAGUGCCCACAUACCGAAAGAAGGAUGGAGGAUUUCGCAUGACGGCGCCCCAGGCUACAAUGUUUUUAGUGCUUCAGUGCAGAAGGUACCAAGCUUUGUGGGGCUGAGAGAGGGAUUGAAAGAGGGAGUCAGUACAGAAGCAUACCAGAGCCACAGUGAGAGAGGAAAUGAGAGAGACACCUUGAUGGUGAUAUCCUUCAUGGAGGUGUACAAUAAGAGCCUAUGUCAGCCCAGGGAGCUGCUGGUAGAGAUCGCACAGGAGUACCCAGAGGAGGUAGAACAUAUCUUCAUCCCAUCCUGUGUGGUGCUGACGCGCUGCGCAGGCUGCUGCAACGAUGAGAUGCUAGAGUGCACGCCAACCUCCACGCAUAACAUGACCAUGGAGAUAAAAAGAAUAAAACCCCAAAGGCAGGAAAAUGACAUCUUUAUGAGUUUUACAGAACACAGUGCAUGUGAAUGCAGGCCAAAGAAAGAAGUGAAAGAACAGAGACAAAAUUUCAUGGCCCUUUGAGCUCUCAGGUGAGACACACGGAAAACCCCAAGAAUGCUUCACCCAGGUGAAUAAGUGACACCUGAUGAGGUCAAUGUCCUCUGCUCCUGUCAUCUAAUGUUGUUUUAUAUACACCUGCUGCUCCUUACGUUCCUUUGUUACAUUACUCUGUUUACAUUCCUUCUCUCUGUACCUGCCUUCAACUUCUUAUGGCUGGGGGCAGUAUUAAGUAGCUUGGAUGAAUAAGGUACCCAGAGUAAACUGCCUGCUACUCAGGCCCAGAAGCUAAGAUAUGCAUAUUAUUAAGUAGAUUUGGAUAGAAAACACUCUGAAGUUUCUAAAACUGUUUGAAUGAUGUCUGUGAGUAUAAUAGAACACAUAUGGCAGGCAAAAACCUGGGGGAAAUUCCAACCAGAAAGUGGGAAAUCUGAGGUUUGUAGGUUUGCCUAUCCAAUAUACAGUGUCUAUGGGGUCAUAUUGUACUUCCUACGGCUUCCACUAGAUGUCAACAGUCUUUAGAACCUUGUUUGAUGCCUUCUUCUACUGUGAAGGAGGGGGUAAUAAGAGCUGAUUGAGUCAGGGGUCUGGCAGAGUGCCACGAGUUCACUCAGGCGCACCCCCGUGAGAGUUAGCUGUGUUCCAUUCCAUUUCUACAGACAAAGUAUAUAUUAUUGAAGAUUUAUGUUAAAAACAUCCUAAAGAUUGAUUCAGUACAUCGUUUGACAUGUUUCUACUAACUGUAAUGGAAUUUUUCGACUUUUCGUCUGGCUUUGGCGUCAUGAAUUUCGAUUUUUGAACUAAAAGCGCGAACAAAAACGAGGUAUUUGGACAUAAAUUAUGGACUUUAUCGAACAAAACAAACAUUUAUUGUGGAACUGGGAUUCCUGGGUGUGCAUUCUGAUGAAGAUCAUCAAAGGUAAGUGAAUAUUUAUAAUGCCAGUUCUGACUUCUGUUGACUCCACAACAUGGCUUGUUUUUGUGUCUGAGCACCGUACUCAGAUUAUUGCAUGGUGUGCUUUUUCUGUAAAGUUUUUUUGAAAUCUGACACAGCGGUUGCAUAAGGAGAAGUAUAUCUUUAAUUCUGUGCAUAACACUUGUAUCUUUUAUCAUUGUUUAUUAUAAGUAUUUCUGUAAAUUGAUGUGGCUCUCUGCAAAAUCACCGGAUGUUUUCGAGGCACAACAUUACUGACCAUAACGGGCCAAUGUAAACUGAGAUUUUUGGAUAUAAAUAGGAACUUUAUCGAACAAAACAUACAUGUAUUGUGUAACAUGAAGUUCUAUGAGUGUCAUCUGAUGAAGAUCAUCAAAGGUUAGUGAUUCAUUUUAUCUCUAUUUCUGCUUUUUGUGACUCCUCUCUUUGGCUGGAAAAAUGACUGUGUUUUUCUGUGACUAGGUACUGACCUAACAUAAUCAGAUGGUGUGCUUUCGUCAUAAAGCCUUUUUGAAAUCGGACACUGUGGUGCGAUUAACAACAAGUUUAUCUUUAAAAUGUUGUAAAAUACUUGUAUGUUUGAGGAAUUUUAAUUUGGAGAUUUCUGUUGUUUGAAUUUGGCGCCCUGCACUUUCACUGGCUGUUGUCAAGUCGAUCCCGUUAACGGGAUCUCAGCCAUAAGAAGUUUAAGUAUGUCUCAGGGUUCAUUUCUUUACUUAUGUUUUACAGGAUCUUGUGAUGUGUAGAUAACUGUGUGUUUUUAGAAACAAGGUCGGUCAGAUAUCAUUACUGACCGACCUUAUACUCACAGACAUCAUUCAAACAGUUUUAGAAACUUCAGAGUGUUUUCUAUCCAAAUCUACUUAAUAAUAUGCAUAUCUUAGCUUCUGGGCCUGAGUAGCAUUUUUGUGUGUGUUUAUGGGUCUAGCUUUAGUGGAUUUCUUGUUUUUGUUCAACUGAUUUUUCAGUUGGGAUUGUGUAGUUGUCCUAUUGCCUAAACCUACACCUACAGGAUACGAGGGUCUUUGGUUGUAUUUAGGUUUUAUAUGUCAUGUGUCCAGCGGUAUAGAUAAGGGUUUGUUUCUGAGACCCUAUCUGACCGACCUUGUUUUAACCAUUUAUGAGUCUGAAGGCUGAUGGCUUUAGUGCUCCCUGCCAACAUGUUUCUACACUGAGAUGCCCCAGGGGACAUUCAACUCUUGUUUUUGAUGCUACCGUGCUUUACUGUUUGCUCAACUUUUACAUCUGACCAUGCUGUGGUGACGGCAGGGCUGGAUUAAGAAAUCAUAGGCCCUGGGGCUUAGAUAUUUUCUUGGGCACCCCUCCCGUUUUCAUAUGUGUACACCCGCUUGCAAGUACACACGUUUUUAUGAGCCUAAUAAAGAUGUAAUUUAACUGUGAAACUUUUAAAAUAAAAAUGUAUCCGCCUCUUGGCACAUAUGAAAGCAGGGGGUUCCUUUUAACAUGAGUCUUCAAUAUUCCCAGUUAAGAAGUUUUAGGUUGUAGUCAUUAUAGGAAUUAUAGGACUAUUUAUCUCUAUACCAUUUGUGUUUCAUAUACCUUUGACUAUUGGAUGUUCUUAUAGGCACUAUAGUAUUGCCAGCCUAAUCUCGGGAGUUGAUAGGCUUGAAGUCAUAAACAGCGCUGUGCUUCAAGCAUUGCGAAGAGCUGCUGGCAAACGCAGGAAAGUGCUGUUUGAAUGAAUGCUUACGAGCCUGCUGCCUCCUACCACCGCUCAGUCAGACUGCUCUAUCAAAUAUCAAGUCAUAGACUUAAUUAUAAUAUAAUAAAUAUGGUCAAAUCCGGAAACUAUAAUUUCGAAAACAAAACGUUUAUUCUCUCAAUGAAAUACGGAACCGUUACGUAUUUUAUCGAACGGGUGGCAUCCAUAAGUCUAAAUAUUGCUGUAACAUUGCACAAUCUUCAAUGUUAUGUCAUAAUUAUUUAAAAUUCUGGCAAAUUAAUUAUGGUCUUUGUUAGGAAGAAAUGGUCUUCACACAGUUCGCAACGAGCCAGGCGUCCCAAACUGCUGCAUAUACCCUGACUCUGAUUGCACAGAACGCAAGAGAAGUGACACAAUUUCCCUAGUUAAUAUUGCCUGCUAACAUGAAUUUCUUUUAACUAAAUAUGCAGGUUUAAAGAAAUAUACUUGUGUAUUGAUUUUUCAAAGUCAUUGAUGUUUAUGGUUAGGUACAUUGGUGCAACGACAGUGCUUUUUUCGCGAAUGUGCUUGUUAAAUCAUCACCCAUUUGGCGAAGUAGGCUGUGAUUCGAUGAUAAAUUAACAGGCACCUCAUUGAUAAUAUGCAACGCAGGACAAGCUAGUUAAACUAGUAAUAUCAUCGUUUUUUAUAAGAUAAGUUUAAUGCUAGCUAUCAACUUACCUUGGCUCCUUGCUGCACUCGCAUAACAGGUGGUCAGCCUGCCACGCAGUCUCCUCGUGGAGUGCAAUGUAAUCCGCCAUAAUCAGCGUAAAAAAAUGCUGAUUACCGAUUGUUGAAAAUUGAAAUCACCCCUAAUUAAUCGGCCAUGCCGAUAGUAGUUAGUCACAGUGGUGUUAAUGAUGGUACAAAAGAUCUCUGAAGAUCAAUGGGCUUGAUCAGUCAUCCUAUGGAAGCUAACUCUAGUCUAGGUUCACCCAAUCAUUGUACGGAAAUGUUCCUUUGUCACAUUUUGUUAUAUACCCUGCAUCUGUUAAAUCUGCUGAAUUUAUACACUACCUGGAGCUCAUUGUACUGUUAUAUCAAACAACUUAAACAGGCAGAUCUCUCAAGAUUGACUUUGAAAUUGGACGUCUGUCAGUGUCCUGAGGGUGUCGGGAAAUGCCUUCAAAACCGGACACUAGGCAACAGUCCUACUUGGGCAACAGUGGGCGCUAUUACCAUCAAUUAGGCUUGGGAUUUGAUAGGGUGUUGUGGACGGGGGUGGUGGAUAACCGUCAUCCUAUGACUCCAGAUCAAAAGGUUGCAUGUUGCAUGAGUGGUGGACCCUCAUUUGUUAUUUUAUUCCCAUCCAAAACCUUAACCCUUCGAAAUGUGACGUUUGGAACAACUUCGAAUUUUUGAGAAGUGCAAAACGUCUAAUUAUGCAGUGAGCUUGUUGAGUUCCAUCAGCCAAGACUGGUGACCCAGAUUAGUUGAAAGAGAACUAGGCUGACUUAUAGUUUUCAUGACAUUGUCAGCUAAUCCAUCUAUGUGCACGCUUAAAAGGCAUUUGCCUCAUGGAGCGCAACACAUCUCCUUCGCAUAGAGUUGAUCAGGUUGGUUGAUUGUGGCCUGUGGAAUGUUGUCCCAUUCCUCUUCAAUGCCUAUGCAAAGUUGUUGUUUUUGGUGGAAACUGGAACACGUUGUCGUACACGUUGAUCCAGAGCAUCCCAGACAUGCUCAAUGGGUGACGUGUCUGGUGAGUAUGCAGGCCAUGGAAGAACUGGAACAUUUUCAGCUUCCAGAUGAUGGCGGUGGAUGAAUGGCACGACAAUAAGCCUCAGGAUCUCGACACGAUUUCUCUGUGCAUUCAAAUUGCCAUUGAUAAAAUGCAAUUGUGUUCGUUGUCCGUAGCUUAUGCCUGUCCAUACCAUAACCCCACCGCCACCAUGGGGCACUCUGUUCACAACGUUGACAUCUGCUAACCGCUUGCCCACACUACACCAUACAUGCUGUCUGCCAUCUGCCCGGUACAGUUGAAACCGCGAUUUAUCUGUGAAGAGCACACUUCUCCAGCGUGCCAGUGGCCAUCGAAGGUGAGCAUUGUCCCACUGAAGUCGGUUACGACGCCGAACUGCAGUCAGGUUAAGACCCUGGUGAGGACGACGAGCAUGCAGAUGACAUUCCCUGAGACGGUUUCUCAGAAAUGCUUAGGUUGUGUAAACCCACAGUUUUAUCUGCUGUCCGGAUGGCUGGUCUCAUAUCAUCCCUCAGGGGAAGAAGCAGGAUAUGGAGGUCCUGGGCUAGCGUGGUUACACGUGGUCUGCGGUUGUGAGGCCGGUUGGACAGACUUUCAAAUUCUCCAAAACUACGUUGGAGACGGCUCAUGGUAGAGAAAUGAACAUUCAAUUCUCUGGCAACAGCUCUGGUGGACAUUCCUACAGUCAGCAUGCCAAUUGCGGGCUCCCUCAAUUUGAGACAUCUGUGGCAUUGUGUUGUGACAAAACUGUACAUUUUAGAGUGGUCUUUUAUCGUCCCCAGCACCAGGUGCACCUGUGUAAUGACCAUGCUGCUUAAUCAGCUUCUUUAUAUGCCAUACCUGUCAGGUGGAUUGAUUAUCUUGGUAAAGGAGAAAUGCUCACUAACAGGGAUGUAAAUUAAUUUGUGCACAACAUUUUAGAGAAAUAAGCUUUUUUGUGCAUAUUAAACAUUUCUGGGAUCUUUUAUUUCAGCUCAUGAAACAUGAGACCAAUGCUUUACAUGUUGCGUUUAUAUUUUUGUUCAGUAUAGUUUACAUGUUGUCAACAAUCUAAGCCAACCCUGUCCAUUUUGCCCCAUAGUUGCACAAGUGCCGGUUUUGUUGCUAAACAACCAACCCAUCUAUAGUCCAGUAUCCAUUUGGGAAUGUUAAGAGUAGCUGAGGUAGUGUUUUGGCCAAAAAAAACAGCUAAACUUAAAUAUUAAACGUGUGAAAACCUUUCUUUUUGGUCUAAGAAUGUCUAGAAGCCAGUGUUCUUUUGAUAAUUUAUUUUGCUACAACAGUGACAAAGUUUUAACUUCUAGAUUCAUGGGCCGUUCUGGCUCGGACAAGGCUUACUUGUCCAAUUCUUAUUUACUAGAUUUAUUGAGACCAUUUGAUUCUAUUUCAGUCCAUUCUCUCACUCCUAUAGCCUCUGUGUGAAUGAACGAUCUAUUGAUCGAUUGAUUUGAUUUACUGACUAACUGAACUCGGAACUCUCUAUUGGGUUGAUAUGUGUCUCUUUUCCUCCUCCUCUCAGAUGUAUCAGUGUUGUUGUGCUUCUUUCUCUUUU